AUGGUGUCACCAGGACAGCAAGUCGUCGAACAAGCAAAAUCUGAGCUCAAAAGGCAUGGGGUUUCAUCUAAUCGUCUUUUUGCAGCAAAACGUCGUCGAGUUCACACCUCCACAACUAAGAAGCAGCUAAAAAGGCGUAAAUCGACUAUAAAAAAGAAGCAGGUCAGGAGCAGUUUUAAAAAGUCAACUAAGAAGCGACAUUCAAAGAAGAAAAAAUCUAAAAAGACUAAGAAGACGAGCAAAAGCCCAUCGCACAUUCAGUCUCCGUCACCGACAGAUGCAGAGUUGUCAGUUGUAGAUUCCCCACUGCCGGAAAUACCAACAAACAACCAGACAGGUAGCAGUCCGCUGUCGUCGCCGAAUGUGCAGCCGUCACCGGAGUCUUCGCCGGAUGUUGAGCCGCCGCCGCCGGAUGUUGGGCUACCACUGGAGUCUUCGCCGGAUAUUGAGUCACCGCCGUCGGACGUGGAAUCACCGCUGCCGGAUGUGAGGCUACCACCGGAGUCUCAACCGGAUGUUGAGCCGCCGCUGGAUAAAGAGCCGCCGCCGGAUGUGGAGCCGUCGGAAAUGCCUAAAAUGGAUGGACACUAUCAGAAUAUCACAAAACAGUUUUCGGACGAAAGCAGUCUUAAUGGAUCUGCAAAUAUAAGGAGUAUAUAUCCCAAUGACAACGAUCGUAUGGAUUUAUUGACAUUUAUUUCCAACACUCGAGAAAAAUAA